AUGAACCAUAAAAGUAAGAAACGGAUUAAAGAAGCGAAACGGAGCGCCAGACCCGAGUUAAAGGACUCAAGCGACUGGACCAAACACGAAUACUGCAAGAGCUUCGACCUGUCGCACAGGAGCGUGAAGGAUAAUGUGGAGCGAGCGGACGUUCAGCGACUCAGUCCAGAGGAGUUCAUCCAGCGCUUUGAGAAGCCUUAUAAACCCGUGGUGCUGCUCAACUGCGAGGACUCGUGGCCCGCACGUGAAAAGUGGACCCUGGAGAGACUCAAGCGCAAAUACCGCAACCAGAAGUUCAAGUGCGGCGAGGACAACGACGGCUACUCGGUCAAGAUGAAAAUGAAGUAUUAUGUGGAGUAUUUGGAGUCGACUCACGACGACAGUCCGCUCUACAUCUUCGACAGCAGUUUCGGGGAGCACGCCAAACGCCGCAAGCUCCUGGAGGACUAUCAGGUGCCCGUUUUCUUCAGAGACGACCUCUUUCAGUUCGCUGGAGAGAAGAGACGCCCACCGUACAGGUGGUUUGUGAUGGGUCCAGCCCGCUCUGGGACAGGCAUACACAUUGACCCGCUGGGCACGAGUGCGUGGAACGCUCUGGUUCAGGGCCACAAGCGCUGGUGUCUGUUCCCCACACACACGCCCCGCGAGCUCAUCAAGGUGACUCGGGAUGAUGGAGGAAACCAGCAGGACGAGGCCAUCACCUGGUUCAGCGUCAUCUACCCGCGCACACAGCAGAGCACCUGGCCCGAUGAGUUCAGGCCGCUGGAAAUCCUGCAGCGCCCCGGAGAGACAGUGUUUGUGCCCGGUGGAUGGUGGCAUGUCGUCCUCAACUUGGACACGACUAUUGCUGUGACCCAGAAUUUUGCGAGCACCACCAACUUCCCCAUUGUGUGGCAUAAGACAGUGCGAGGCCGACCCAAACUAUCCAGAAAGUGGUACCGGAUCCUGAAGCAGGAACGGCCUGAUAUUGCUGCUAUUGCGGAUAAAGUGGAUCUGCAGGAGUCGACCGGCAUCGCCUCAGACAGCUCCAGCGACUCGUCUUCAUCCUCCUCCUCCAGCUCCUCUGACACCGACUCGGAGGCUGACUCGGGCUCUGAGGGCGACGCCAUGACCCACCGCAGAAAGAAGAGAAGAACAGGAGGCAUGAUGGGAAACGGUGACAUCACGAGCCAGGACGACUGCGCCAGCAAAGAGCGCAGUUCAUCCCGGUGACAAAACUGAGGAACUUGAACUAAAUAUUUCCAGAAGUGUGCUUGUGGGAGGAGCAUCGCAUGAAUGAGGGGAAAUCGUCUUUUUUGUUGUUGCCUUUGCAGAUGUCAGGCUCUGGACGGCGAGUUUGACGUGUCCUCCAGUCCCAGUGCCAAGAUCAUUGAUCAAAACAAGACUCUGUUUGUGGAUUUCACAGGGGUUAUGGUCUGAUUUCUGGUGAAAUGUGAGACGAUACGGUUGAGUUGUGGCGCAAAGUUGUUUGAGAAAACAAUUCGGAGGUUUUUCAAACUGCAUCACUGUUCUCUCACAAAUCUAUUGAGCUCAGUUUAAUACAGUAGAUUUUUAUCAACAGAGAAGGCUAGUUUUGAACAGCAGAUGGCACUCUAGACAAUUUUUGAACAGCAGAUGGCGCUCUAGGCUAGUUUUUAACAGCAGAUGGCACUCUAGGCAAUUUUUGAACAGCAGAUGGCGCUCUUGGCUAGUUUUUAACAGCAGAUGGCGCUCUAGGCUAGUUUUGAGCCGCAAACCAUGCUCUAGGCUAGUUUUUAACAGCAGAUGGCGCUCUAGGCUAGUUUUGAACAGCAGAUGGCGCUCAAGCCCAGAGCAGCGUCUGCUGAUUAAAAACUAUCCUAUAGAGCCGUCUGCUGUUCAAAACUAGCCUAGAGCGCCAUCUGCUGUUAAAACUAGCCUAGAGCGCCAUCUGCUGUUCAAAACUAGCCAAUAGUGCCAUCUGUUAUUCAAAACCUAGCCUAGAGCUCCGUCUGUUGUUUUAAAACUAGCCAAGAGCGCCAUUUGCAGUUAAAAACUAGCCUAGAAUGCCUUCUACUCUUUAAAACUUCCCUCAAGCGCUGUCUACGUUAAAAACUAGCUGAGCACCAAAUGCUGAUACAAACCAUCCUAGAGCGCUGUCUGUUGCUCAAAAACAGCCUAGUGCGAUAUAUGCUGUUCAAAAACUUGCUUAGAGCGCCACCUGCUGCUCAACUAGCCCUAGGACCGCCGUCUGUUGCUCAAAACUAGCCUAGAGCACCAUCUGCUGCUCAAAACUAGCCUAGAGCACUAUUUGCUGUUAAAACUAGCCUAGAGCGCCACCUGCUGCUCAACUAGCCUAGAGCACAGUUUGUGGCUCGAAACUACCCUAGAGCACCAUCUGCUGUUAAAAACUUGCCUAGAGCACUAUAUGCUGUUCAAAACUAGCCUAGAGUGCCGCCUGUUGCUCAAAACUAGCCUAGAGCGCCGCCUGUUGCUCAAAACUAGCCUAGAGCGCCGCCUGUUGCUCAAAACUAGCCUAGAGCGCCGCCUGUUGCUCAACUAGCCUAGAGCGCCGCCUGUUGCUCAAAACUAGCCUAGAACGCCACCUGUUGCUCAAAACUAGCCCAGAGCGCUGCCCGCUGCUCAAAACUAUCCUAGAGCACUGUCUGCUGCUCAACUAGCCUAGAGGGCCACCUGCUGCUCAAAACUAGCCCAGAGCGCCGCCCGCUGCUCAAAACUAGCCCAGAACACCGCCCGCUGCUCAAAACUAGCCUAGAGCGCCGCCCGUUGCUCAAAACUAGCCUAGAGCGCCGCCCGCUGCUCAAAACUAGCCUAGAGCGCUGCCCGCAACUCAACUAGACUAGAGCGCCAUCUGCUGCUCCGCUAGCCUAGUACACCGUCUGCUGCUCAUAACUAGCCUAGAGCGCCGACUGCUGCUCAAAACUAGCCUAGAGCGCCGCCCGCUGCUCAAAACUAGCCUAGAGCGCCGCCCGCAGCUCAACUAGACUAGAGCGCCAUCUGCUGCUCAGCUAGCCUAGUACACCGUCUGCUGCUCAUAACUAGCCUAGAGCGCUUACUGCUGCUCAAAACUAGCCUAGAGCGCUUACUGCUGCUCAAAACUAGCCUAGAGCGCUUACUGCUGCUCAAAACUAGCCUAGAGUGCCGCCCGCUGCUCAAAACUAGCCUAGAGCGCCGCCCGCUGCUCAAAACUAGCCUAGAGCGCCGCCCGCAGCUCAACUAGACUAGAGCGCCAUCUGCUGCUCAGCUAGCCUAGUACACCGUCUGCUGCUCAUAACCAGCCUAGAGCGAUUACUGCUGCUCAAAACUAAACUCAGAAUCGAUUCAAGAGGGAAAAGCGAUUUUCAAAAUGUAGACUUGAUUUCUCAAAUCAUUUUUCCCCACAGCUCUGUAAUACGGUUUGGCCUGAUGUGUAAUGCUGCGUUCAGCUCUUUGAUCAUAGAUUUAUUUUAUUACUGAUUGCUCUUGAGCUGCACUUAACUUGGGUUUCACGUCUUACGGUUUGCAGGAAAAACUAGCGCAUAUCAAUUAAGUUCACCCCAAGGUGAAUAUUGUCAUUUAUUUACUCACCAUCCAGUUUCUUUCCACUGCUAAACACAAAACAGAUAUUUUGAAGAAUGUCCUAAUUGAUUGCUAUUGAUUUCCGUAUAAUUAUUUUCCUACUAUGGACAUCAAUAGCAGUUUUUUUUCCUCAACAUUCUUCAAAAUAUCUAUUUGUGUUCAACAGUGGGGAAAAAACAGGUUUAGAUCCACUUGAGGGAGAGUAAAUAGAGGGUAAAUACAUUUUUUUAGUUGCAUUAUCCCUUUAAAACUGCUUUUAUCCCUUUCUCACUAAUUCAAGUCACAAUUCAAGAUGAAAAAUGUCAAAGAUUAAAAGUGUAAAUGUCUAAUUUUUAGAUAAAUCACGUAACUAUUAUAGCAAAAUGAGAAUUAAUCAGCAUGAUGUGUCCGGAAUUUACUUAAAUAAGAGGACAAAUUAAACCAUGCCUUGAUUUAACUAAAACCAGGCCAACAAAUUCAUAAAAGGAGGAUCUGAUACUUCAAUUCUGGCCAUGAUGAAUAUGUUUUUAACACACUUCUUUAGUUGAAACUGCUGUGAAUGCACAAAGUGUUUGGUCGAGUUUGACCUGUUUGGUAAUCGGCGUGUUCUUUGCGUUUGGCUGAAGUGUUUAUAGUUUUGUUUUUUUCUCUUUUAUAUCCCAUCUGCGCAAGUCAAACACUAGAGGGCGCUAAUGUUUAUUAUACAUGCACUAUGAGCCACACAACAGCGGAAAAGCUUACAAUUAGUGCUGUUAAACAAUUAAUCGUGACUAAUUGCAUACAAAAUAAGUUAGCAUUUACAUAAUUGUGUGUAUGUGUAUAUCUGUAUAUGCAUGUAUAUGUAUGAGUGUAUGUGUGAGUGUGUGCAUAUCUCUGUCUCUCUCUCUCUCUCUCUCUCUCUCUCUCUCUAUAUAUAUAUAUAUAUAUAUACAUACAUAAACGUUUAUAUGUAACAAGCUUGAUAAUAUGUA